CUUUUUUAUUCUUCCAUUCAACAAAGGAAGGGGCCUGUGGAUUUCUUUAUUGAGGGAAGUUGGGGGAAGGGAUUCAUUAUUUGGAUGAAAACAAUAGACUCAUUAAUGCCAUAGCUAAUGACCAGAAUCUAGGCAAGCUGGAAGACUCUGCUCGGAAUCUCGAUAGGCUACAACAAAACCUCGAUUUCCUCGCUGCUAUUGCAGAUAAUCAACGUUUGGUAGAUGCCCAGCAUAAUUCCAACAUGUACCUGCAACCUCAAUUCUACUCUGCCAAUAACACUGCUGUGCAACAACCACUACAAUUGAUUGAACCUCAACACACUGUUCCUGCUGCAGUCAUGCCGCAACAAGGGUAUCAGAUCAUGAAAAUCCAACAAGCUCAACAGAUGAGCCCCCAGAUCCUGGUGUUUGCUCCACCUGCAGUGCCGCAGGAUCAGAUGCCAUUUCCCCAGCUCUACAAUCCCAUGCUGCUCUAUGGCCAGGUUGCGCAGGCUCAACCGGCUCAGCCACUGCUGCUCCCCUAUGAUCCAAUGUGCCAGACCCAGAUUUGUCAGACUCAGAUUCAACAAGCAGCAUUGCUCUGUGGCCAGCCCAUGGGAAAUUAUGGAAUGGUGAGCGCACCCAGUUUUGCCAAUCCUGGCAGCAACAAUGAAGCCGAGAAUUUAAUGGCUGCAGGUUUCUUGUCUGAGGCUGAGGGAGCUCUGAACAUGCCUCUCUACAAUCCAGAUUCUGGAGAAGAAGGUGACUGCGGUGUUUGAGAAGGUAAUUGGGAUGCUGGUAAAUUGCAGUACUAAUACUCAUUGAUGUCUAAUAAAGGAACCUACCAUGACUGUUUGGCGGCGAAUAAGAAAACUCCUGCUGAGAGAACAAUUAUGCAUUAUGUUAGACGAUUUAUCUCUUGUUCAUGUUUCAAGUUGUUUGUCAUCAUUAUGUGCUAUCGCAUGGUUUCA